ACCACGUGUUCGAGGUAAACAAACUUGCGCCCAGCUGUUCUCCAUUCCACCCUUAGUAAUAAUACCUCACUAAUGUAACAACUAGGACCUAUUUCACUACACAGGAGGUACCAACACACCUUUAAGUUAACAGUGGCCUGCCUGCUAUCAACAGAGACUAUUCUAACUAAUCCAAGCUAUACCAGUCCUGCUCCUCAGUCACAAUGGAGUCUACAAAGUCAAACAACAACAAGCUGCCCUCCAACCUGCCACAGCUGCAGAACCUGAUUAAGCGCGACCCAGCAUCCUACAGGGAGGAGUUUGAGCGGCAGCACUCAGUCUACCAGGCACUGUGUGUCAUCUUUGAACAGAAUCCCACUGUUUAUAAUAAUGAUCUGCACCAGGUUGUUACGUUCUUGUCUCAGGUGGCCCAAUGUUACCAAGACAAGCUGAGUGGCUUCCCUCAGGAGCUGUCUGUGUUACUCAAGCGACACAGCACAGUCCUCCACCCUGAGAUGCGCAUGUCCUUUGUCAAGGCUCUCAUGCUGCUGAGGAACAAAAACCUGCUCUCCCCAACUGACCUACACAUACUCUUCUUCCAGCUCCUCCAGUGCCAGGACAAAAACCUGCGCAAGUUUCUGAAGCAGCACAUUGUAACCGACAUCAAGAACAUCAAUGCUCGAAGCAAGAAUGCAAAGCUGAACAAGGAGCUCCAGAAUUUCAUGCACGAGAUGCUUUCCUCCAGGCAUGCAGUGGCUGCCAAGACCUCUCUGGAUGUGAUGAUCGAGCUGUACCAUAAGAAGGUGUGGAAUGACGCCAAGACAGUCAACACCAUUGUCACUGCCUGCUUCUCCAAGGUGACCAAGAUCAUGGUGACUACCCUCAAGUUCUUCAUUGGCCGGGAUGAGGAGGAAGGUGGUGAAGAGAGUGACAGCAACAGUGACUCUGAUGAUGAGGAGGAAAAGAAGAGUGUGAAGGCGACCAUGAUGGCAAUGCGGGUGAAUAAGAAGACCAAGAAGAAACAGAAGAAGAUCGACAAAGCCAAGGCAGCAGUCAAGAAGUCCCAGAAGGAUAAGAAGACUAAGGAGAAUUUUGAUUUCUCAGCACUGCACUUGAUACACGACCCACAGAGCUUGGCGGAGCGACUCUACCGCCGCCUGGAAAAGAUGAACGAGCGUUUUGAAGUCAAGCUGAUGACCAUGAACUUCAUAUCCAGGUUGAUUGGCAUUCAUCAACUCUACCUCCCCAAUUUCUACCCCCUAGUGAACCGGUUCCUCUUCCCACACCAGCGGGAGGUCACUAAGGUCAUGGUCUUUGCUGCCCAAGCUGCUCAUCCACUAGUGCCCCCUGAUGAUCUCAGUCCUGUACUAAGGACACUGGCGGACAACUUUGUGACAGAACGCUACUCCAGUGAGGUUAUGGCCAUGGGGCUCAAUGCCAUCAGGGAGCUGUGUGCCAGGAACCCGUACUGCAUGUCUGGUGAUCUCCUGCAGGAUCUGACGCAGUACAAGACCCACAAGGACAAGGGGGUGAUGAUGGCUGCACGCUCCCUCAUUGCUCUCUUCAGGGACAAGAAUCCAGAGUUGCUCUUCAAGAAGGACCGAGGUGCCCCGACAGAACUGGGAGUAGAGAAGCGACAGGAGAACUUUGGGGAAAACCGUGCCAUUGAUUACAUACCAGGAGCAGAAAUUCUGGCGUUCAAGACGGAUGGUGAUGAGGGAUUGGGAACCAGCGAUGACGAGAGUGAUGACAAUUGGGUAGACAUGGAUGAUGAUGACAGUGAUGACGAUGAUGAAAGUAAACCUGAUGCAAAGAAAGAGAAACAAGACAAAGAUGAAGAUGGUGAAGAUGAUAACAAAGGUGAUGAGGAAGAGAAAGAAAAGGUAUUCAGUGCCAAGGAAGCUCUCAAGGAAGUCAUGAAGCUCACAGCAGAGGAGCGUGCACAGAAGGCUGCCGACAUCGCCUGCUCCAGAUUCCUUACUGAUGAGGACUUUGCACGAAUCGCAGCAACACAGGCAGCAAAACGGGUGGAAAAGUUCACCAAGAGCAGUAAGAAGAAGAAACGAGGAAGGAAAAGGAAAGCUCCAGACGAUGCAGAAGGCAGCGGUUCAGGGGAACUGGUCUCUCUGAAGAACAUAGAGAUGAUCUACAAGAAGCGGAAGCACGACAAGGACGCCAGGAUGGAGAGUGUGGCCAUGGGCAGGGAGGGGCGGGAGAAGUACGGCAUGAAGAAAGGCCGCAUGAACCCCAAUGCCUCCACCACCAAUAGGGAGAAGAUCAAGGGCAAGAGUUUCAUGAUGCUCAAACAUAAGGUUGCUGGCAAACAAAAGCAAUCCUUCAGGACCAAACAAAUGAAACUACGGAAUUCAUUACUGAAACAAAAGAAGUUUCGUUAGAUAAACUUUAUAUUGUAGAUAAAUAACAUUACACAAGUCUUUUUUUUGUCUGCAAUCACAACUGUACUUCGUGAAACCAAAUUAUUUAUUGUUGACAAAGUAUCGCAUGUUUCAUUUAUUGGCAAGGGAGUUUUAUUAUGACUGGUAAUAAAAAGAUAAACAAU